UCUGUUCUUCCUGUUUCAGCACACAACUUACGUUGUUAUUGUGGUAGCAGACGUGAGAUGAAACCGCCUCCUCGUACCCGAAAUAAACCAGAGCGUAUCUUCAUACCUGAACAGGUAUCGCAACGUUCAGGUAAAGUGCCGAGUAAGUGGCGGCGAGCGGAGAAGAUUAAAUUCCUAAGUGCCUUGAAAAGACUCCAAAGGCCCGCCGGAUGCCUCGAAGAUAUCGACUGUGCUUUUCUGGCAAAAUACUUGCCUACUCGAUCCAUUUCAGAGAUCCGCUCUUUUGUGGAAGAUAUGAAAAACGAAGUGAUAACACGUGCGAGCUUCAAUCUUAAAAAGAAGCGCUGGAAAGAGAAGAAUGACAGAAAGCCUAUCGAGGUGUGGACAGACAUGGCUUCUACUAUGGCUGGAACCUAUGAACAAUCCAUUUCCAGUGCUUUCUCUCAGAUGCUAUUGGUGUCGUCUACAGAGCCUCGCACUCUGAGGAACUGUGACCCUCCCCAGAUCUACAGGUCACCCAGUGACAAAGACAGGCCUGUGGGUCGUACCAUCCCUUUUAGACCAGUGCCUGGUUUGCCAGUCCAAGGUGAGUAUCUUGGCAUCAGCACACCCCAACCUCUCCUGACAGUCAAGACUCCGGCACCAACUACUGGCCCAGCCAAAGGACGCCCAGCACUAUUCAAAUUAGUUAAAGUGCCAAACAACAACAUCCCUGCACCACAGCAACAGCCUUCUACCACAGCUGGAACCUCAUCUGUUGUCACCUCCACCUCUCUGCCUCCUGCCACCUCCACAAUCCCACAGUCUGCUACUUCAGUCAUAGGACAAGUCAGACCCAGUUCUAGCUCCGCAGCAGUGAUUGGCAGCUCUGUAAUCCAUACUGCACAGCAGCCCUCAGAGCAGCACUCCUCCACCUCUACUUCAAUUGCUGCUUCAUCUAGUCUUCACAUGCCCAUUUCUUCCUCUGGCACUAGUCUCAGCCAAAUUCCCAAUAUUGCUAUGUCCUCAUCCAGUUCUGCCAUCCCAGGCUGCUCCUACACCCACACCACGCCCCUGCUCUCCGCCUCCGCCACAGAAUGUCAGGCCAGGUUUGGUCGCACCAGCAAAUAUGCCACAAAAGAUAGUCCGAGAACAUUUGGUGUCAGCAGUGUAGUGGACUUUGAGAAAAUCUACCGCUACCUAAGUGUCAUCAAUAAGCCGAAUGAGAGAUGUCCUCUCAGCCCCAUGGAGAGCGCUGUAGUGUUGGACCUGUUGAUGUCUCUCCCACAGGAGCUUUCCCUGCUGGACUGCAACAAACUCCAUAAACAUCUGAUCCAGGUGUACAAGUGUCUCUCAUCCCCUGCUGAUUCCAAAGUGGCAAGAGAAAUGUUUAAAGACUUGCAAUGGAAUGGACCCUCUGCUCAGACAGAGGCACCGAUAGGCCAAGACAGCAAGGGCACAGACAGUGAGCAGAACACUGCUUGUCAAGAAGGAGAUGCAGAUGUGAUGGGACCCUGCCCCCCGCUCAACCCUUUUAUGGUGCCAAUAAAACUGUUGAUGCGCAAAUAAGUCGGGCUCAAGAUUUAUAAAGCAAGUGUGCAGAGACGUACAUGCUAUGUCUUCGUCAUGUCUGUGUCCUACAAUAAUAUUUACAACACUCAUUCAGUGUUGAGCCACAUAAUAUUUGGUCAGUGUGUGUGUGUGUGUGUGUGUGUGUGCCAGAGGUUACUGGGUUUGGUUUUGAACCUCUGUCCUGUCUGAGUACCCACAGAAAGUUGGUGUUUAAAUUUCUGGUCAUCUUUUUCACUUGUGCUUUGAUCAGGUAGUUUGGAUAAUUGAGACAGAAUUCUUGUUCAGCAGCAUUUGUUAUGACAGGAAUGAACAGUUUGCAUUUCAGCGUUAUCCAGCAGGGCGCAGCAUGGACCAGCUAAUUCAAAUACUUUUCAUUAGUUUCAUGUUUUCUAUUUCACUUUUCCUUGUUUGCUUUUAGGCAUGUUAAGUCUUCCAUAUUUCACAUGUAUGUUAGUAGGAAAGAUUUCCUUGUAUGGCUGCUUGUGAUUAUUAUGUUUAAUAAAAAUGGGUUUGUAGAAA